AUUUGUGCUACAGUAUUUGUGCCGCACGCUUGCUCGUCGGAGUGGGGUAGUGGUGCGUGGUCCCAUUGAUGUGUGUCACUUUUCCACAAUGAUCGCGGGUCUGUCGCCUCUAAGUCAAGCCAUCCUCGGUACCCUGUUCACGUGGGGCCUAACCGCGGCCGGUGCUGCCCUAGUCUUCGUUCUCAACUCGACCAGGAGGAAAGUUCUCGAUGGCAGCCUCGGUUUCGCAGCUGGGGUCAUGCUGGCUGCCUCGUUCUGGUCACUUCUGGCGCCGGCGAUCGAAAUUGCGGAGACGUCUGGUUAUUAUGGCCAGGACGGACGCUUCGCCUUUGUUCCCGUGGCUCUCGGGUUCCUCCUGGGGGCGCUGUUCGUCUACGCCAUGGACAAGCUCAUCCCUUCCUACGACGGGCACAAGGCAGACCUGGCCCUGGCGAUGCAGGUGGAGAAGCGGGCACAGCUGAAGCGACGUGUCAGCAGUGACGACGAGUCGACAACCUCCCACACCAACGGGUAUUCGUCAGCUGGAAGCAAGGUGCAGCUACGCAAGCCUGCCCUAACCACUACCCGAGUGAGCCUUGAUCCUGAGCGGCUACCCCACCCAGACAGCAGGGAGAGUGUGCAACGCUGGAAGCGCAUCCUGCUAUUGGUUGUCGCAGUCACUGUGCACAACAUCCCCGAGGGCCUGGCAGUCGGCGUGGGCUUUGGCGCGGCUGGGAGCUCCGAGCACUCGACAUUCGAGAGCGCCAGGAACCUGGCUCUGGGCAUUGGCAUCCAGAACUUUCCUGAAGGCCUGGCCGUGAGUUUGCCGCUGCGGGGUGCCGGCUUCUCUCGAUGGAAGGCCUUUUGGUACGGCCAGCUCAGCGGUGUGGUGGAACCACUAGCUGGGGUGUUGGGGUGCCUGGCGGUGACCAUGGCGCAACCGAUUCUGCCCUAUGCACUGGCCUUUGCGGCGGGGGCCAUGGUCUACGUGGUCGUGGACGACAUCGUGCCCGAAGCUCAGGCCUGCUCCAAUGGCAGACUGGCUUCUUGGACAACGAUCCUCGGCUUUGUGGUGAUGAUGGCGCUGGACGUCGGCCUCGGCUGAAUCCGGACGGAAUCUCAACGUCUCUCUUCCACUGCCACGGUUUGCAACACCAAAGCCGCCACGUGUGCCUGUGGUGUGAGACUCUGAGUGCCAGUUUGGACACAGCGUUUUAGUUGUUUCUGUUUUAAUAAGGUGUUGGAGUUGUAAAAAGGAGAAACUGCCACGGGUGUCGUGGACCAACUCUAGGUUCGUCUGCACCGACGUGUUAGGGAUGUUGGUGGCUUUUGGGAUAGCGGAGGUGUUGGAAACGAUUAAGGACUUGAGAUGGCGGAGGUAUUGGCAACGCUUGAUAUGUUGUGGGCCCUUGAGGUAGUGGGGUUAUUUGGGAUGCCCGAGAUAGCAGACGUGUUGGGGGCGUUUGGGAAUAGCAGACGUGACCAAUUGCGGGACCCAUACGGGUCUCAUUUUAGCAAAUGUUUUGUUUGAAUAGUACCUAGAAGAACAAAGGUGAGGAAAGCGAUGCAUAUUUUUUAUAAAGCAUUAUAGAUCUCAAAGGGGGAAAUGAAUAUAGUUUGAAAGCAAGCUGCUGUUGAAGUGUGUGUGGUUGUUAUUGUGUUUAGGAGUGGUUUGAAUGGAGAUGUUUUACAUGGAUGUUUGCAGUUGCCUCUGGGAUAACCCUGUUGGGUCUGGCAAGCUUUUCUCAAUUACCGUUGCGUGUGUCUGUCAGGGUGGAGGCUGUUUUAGUGAAUGGCAAUCCUUUGAUCCAGAUGACGUGAGGGUGUAAUUCUCUUUGAUGAUUUCUUUUUGAUGAUUUCUUGCAAUCGUGUUGGGGUGGCACACUGGAACUGGUCUGUAGUAAUAGUAUCAGUCAAUGAAAGGUCAUGAUUUAUGGUAGUAUUUCUACUAUGCUGCAAUCUCGAAUAUCUGGACAAGCAUUACAUUCCAGCAUGUCAGCUGGUAUGCCAGCUUACAUACUUUUAGGGGCUGUUAUUUAGCUCAUGCAGGUGCAUGCAGGCAUGUAUACACAUUAGCAUAUGGCAAACAUAUGCUGGCUACAUCUUGAACUUUAAAGGAAAGACUGGGCAAGCUUCUAGCCUCGGUAAAACCGUCAAGGUAUCCAUUUAUUAAAGUACCGUCGAAGCACAAAUAAGAAAUAUUUACUUGUUUUAUAAGAUUACCUGCAGCAUGGUAGUAGUAUGUAAUGGUUGCAACCUGUAUAAAAAGAUAAAUGUACUAAAUACCAAGCAAUUGCCCACCUAAAAUAUUGAUAUAAUUGUGGAAAUAAUGGCAUCCCCCUUCGACUAAUGCUUUAUGUAUUCUUUGUGUGUUCUUUAAUUUUCCUUACACAAGGAGGGUAUAGAGCUUGAUACAUAUGUCCUUCACUUAUUUUUUAAAAGUAGGUAUGCAUAGUUGGGGGCAAGAGUGUGUGAUCGGCAUUUUAGGGUGAUUAAGAAAAAGUGUAACAAGCUAAUCAUGCUUGUACAGACAUCUGUGUUACUGAUUGAGUUGAGAUCUGGGAAUACAUUUUGUUCCAUAAAUUAGAUGUGUUGUAAGCAGGUUCAAUUGUACGGGCCUCUCUGCCAGGCACGCACAAAGCAUAGAGUUAUUGUAAUGUACGCUAGAGGUUCAAGUGGCGCUGGUGUGCUGCUGCAAAUUGAAGCAGACAGCAACCAGUCGGAAAUUGACUUCCAGUAAUGCUUUUCUAUGGGAAAAAGUGAGUACAUUUUCUAGCUGCGCUCGAUUAUAAGAGCAAAUAUCACGAAUAUUUCGUACCUACUGGCACAUUGGAACAUUUCUCAGUCACGCAGACAAAAUAAUUGAUCAGUUUAGGCAUUUUUAUUUGAAAUUCGUGGCAUGAAAAACUGUGCUAAAACCGCUUCAUACAGGUAUUUAUGUGCACUGUCGGACACUGUUAGCUCUAACACGGCAUGGGCGCUUUCCACCAUGGGGGAUAUACGUGUCAAACGAACGAAGGACAUGUGGAAAACAAAGAGAGACGGCAAGAACUAUGCAGUAAAACUGGAUAAGUAACUCCUUGUGCAUGCAGGCGAUCAAAAUAAAUUGAAAGCCACGUAAUAUAGUCCGAUUUGCAAUAAAUAAGUACUGCUUUAUUCUUUCUGCUCAUGAAUAUGUGCAAAGAUGCAUGUUCUGGGUUCCAAUCAUCAACCGCACACUCCAAAUCUUUGCAAAUAGGGAGAAGUCAGAGAACAUGUGCCCGAUAAAAACUGCCCGUCAUAGGAAAUAAUAAAAAGGCACACGUUUCAUAGUCCACAUACUUUAUUUCUUACAUUCAAAUGUUUUUUAACCGUCGUAAAGAAGCACGAAGGAAACAUUUUCAUAGAGUGACAGGACGGGCAUAUUAGCAAUAUAUAAGUGCCACCGCAAUGCUUGCGAACCUUGAACACACUCCACAUUCUUUUCGAUUGUUAGUUUGCUUAUAAUCGUCGCUCAUUUUUACAUACCUGCCAUGGAAUAUAGGUUUGGGCCUGAAAUAUAGCGAAGCAUAACAUCGUUCAGUCGUAAAGAAAAAUGCUGUAAAUAAAGCAAUUACACUUUUACAAUAUUAAUAAAUGUACAUACUAUUUGGUACAACCAAAAUAAUAAGAGUUAUUCAUGUUAUUUUCCGGCGAAGAGACAAAUUUCACACGCGUUUUCCCAUAGGAAUGCACAGGAGCACCGCAAAAGUAGACUGGUUGCUGUCUGCUUCAUUUUGCCUCCCGGAAGUCGCAUAGACACUAGCGCCAGUUGAACCUCUAGCGUACAUUAUAAUAACUCUAUGGCACAAAGUAUACGACUGUUGCCAUCUCGCAUCUCAGAGUUUGCAGGCUUCUGUUGCGUCACAAGUGUCUGACCUAUCUGCUUGUAUACCAACGAAUGUUUGCUACGUUUUGGGCAAAUGAACACAACCAUACCAAGAGUGUCUUGGCAGCACCACAGACGUGCACCACUUAAUUUCCCCAUCAUUUCCAUGACUCCAUUGCUGCCUCGUUGCAAGAGUCAAGAACCUCAACAAGUAAUUGGGGCAUCUACACAGUGCACCUUUGCAAUAGGACCUGUUCCAGUGUGCAGUCGUCCAGCUAGAGCCACCGAAUAGGCUACACUUCAGAACAACGACGCUUCUGCAAUGUUGUGGUGUAAAAUCGCUGUUGCCGGUUAAUCUGUAGAUUUUCCUGAAAUUGCAGGAAACGCCUUUCUGUCCUCUUGGAAUGUUGAAAGUGCGACGGAGCAGAACGACGCCGAAUCGUAACGAUCAAUAAUCGCACCUGCCCUGCGCUAGGCGCCAAAGAGGCAGCGUCUGCAAGAAAAUUUCGAUUUUGGAACGGAAUGCCAAUACUCAUAGAUGUGGCUUGUUCGGUGGCCUGGGUGUAUGAAUACCCAAAUUCUAAGUUGUGCAGAUCUGGAGACGAAGGCAUGAGUUGCCAGAUGCUCAACCUGUUUUUUCGGCAAUACUUGUGUUUUCUGGCUCGAAAAGAUGUAUUACUUGCACUGGUCACUUGAUGCCCAUUACACGAGAAUUUUUCUGUAUAAAUCUUUUGUUGAUA